GUUGACGUUUGCCAAACCUCAAACAAAGCGUGACUGCGGGUGUGUGUGUGUUUGUUGGUGGUUUUUUUAUUAACAAGUGGUGUGAUUGUGGAGCUGAGAUUUUAUUGUUUAAUAAUCAUCAAGAUAAUAGUACAAAAACAAUCUGUGUAGCAUACUAUUAUUUGGCGUAAUUCAAAUCAACAACAUCAACAAAAGUGCCCAGGUGCUGGUCUCUGUCUCCGACGUUUUUGAGUGUAUAUUUUUCUACUGAUUUUCCAUGGCUACCACAGUACCUCCACCAGCACCUCCUCCACCACCACCAGCAGCUCCAGCUAAAUUAAGUUUUCCCUCAAAAGUUUACAAUGGCUUAAUUGGAGCCGUGGACAAACAUGUCCCCACAAAACUACGUCCCUUGUGGAAUCAUCCUGCUGGACCCAAGACAAUAUUCUUUUGGUCGCCGCUAUUCAAAUGGGGUUUGGUAAUUGCUGGUCUCAGUGAUUUGGCCCGUCCCGCCGAAACCUUGUCGGUAUCACAGUGUGGCGCCUUGGCUGCUACCGGUAUUAUUUGGUCACGUUAUUCGCUGGUGAUUAAACCCAAAAAUUGGAGUUUAUUUUCGGUGAAUCUCUUUGUGGGCCUAGUGCAAUCUGUGCAACUGGGACGGGCAUUCAUGUAUCAACAGGAACAAAAAGAAAAGGCCAAGGGUGAGGCACAACCUGCUGUCGCAGCCGCCGGACAAAAGUAGAAAUUGCUAAAACAAUUUCCACUUGCCACGAUUCAUUCUCUACAACUAAUUUAGUUCCGCCGGACAAAUUUUAUUUUACUAACAGAAAUGUAAAAAUGAUUUUAUUUUUUUAUUAUUUCUUUUUAAAGAAGGUGCUGAAUACCUAGUAAGACGCUAAUCAAGGUGAUAUUAUUUUGUAAAAAUACAAAUUUUCCGUUACCUGUAAAUUGCUCUAACGGGAUUCUAUAUUUUUUGUUCGUUUAAAUAAUAGCACAAUUUUAUCGAAAUAAAUACGAAAAUAUGUUAUAAUAUUUGAAUAUAAGUUUAGUCAAAUGACAUACACAAAAGAAUUUAGAAAAUAUAAUGGACUAAGAAUAUGGAAA